CCCAGAACUAGGGUUUUGGCAUCAGUUAAAAGGGAGAAAGAAGCAGGUUAUGAAGUUCAGCUGCGAAAUCCUUGUGCACCGUAAGGGUUGUGAAGCAGGCAGAGAAGAGCCAUGGUGCACGUUUCCUUCUACCGAAACUAUGGGAAAACCUUCAAGAAGCCUCGUCGUCCGUACGAGAAGGAGCGUUUGGACGCCGAGUUGAAGCUGGUCGGUGAGUACGGACUUCGCUGCAAGAGGGAGUUGUGGAGGGUUCAGUACGCUCUCAGCCGCAUCCGUAACAACGCCAGAAAUCUUUUGACCCUCGACGAGAAGAACCCGCGCCGUAUCUUCGAGGGAGAAGCCCUUCUCCGAAGAAUGUUCCGUUACGGACUUCUCGAUGAGACUCAGAACAAGCUUGAUUACGUGUUGGCUCUCACCGUCGAGAACUUUCUCGAACGCCGCCUCCAAACCCUCGUUUUCAAGUCUGGCAUGGCCAAGUCCAUCCACCACGCCAGAGUCCUCAUCAGGCAGAGGCACAUCAGGGUUGGGAGACAGGUGGUGAACAUCCCAUCAUUCAUGGUUAGGGUUGAUUCGCAGAAGCACAUUGACUUCUCACUGACCAGUCCACUUGGUGGUGGUCGUCCAGGACGUGUGAAGAGAAAGAACCAAAGGGCUGCUGCUAAGAAGGCUGCUGGUGGAGAUGGAGAUGAGGAGGACGAAGAUUAAAUUAUUAAUGGCUACUGAUAUUUAGGCCUUGCGGUUGUUAUUUUUUUUAUAUUAUCUGUGUUGGUAGACAUUUUAGAUUUUUGAAAUGGUCUGACUUGUUAUAAUUUUGCCAUCCUUGUUUCUUGUUUUGAGGUAAAGCUGUGCCUGAGAUAUCAUGGUUUUGAACUGUUCUUUCUAAACUAUUCAAGUUUUGUUCCAAUGCCUGUGGUGAUCAAUGGUAUUCUUGCAACUUGAUUCAACUGCUAAUAUAUUGGUGGUUUUAGGCU